AUGGCGCCACCAGGACCUCCCACCAUACGCACGGCCUUCCUUUCUGUCAAGCCUUUUGAACCCGUUAUGGUGUUUGACACCCAAGAUCAAGCAUUUUGGUUCCAGGACAAGGUCCGUCAAGGCCGUGUGCUGCUCGAUCACAGCCAGAAAUGGGUGUAUCUGCCGAUGCCGGAGGGCCUGCUCAGAGUGCGGACGGCAAAGGAUGGGGAUAUCGCGUUUGAUUUUGAUACUCCUGCACAUGCGGGCUUGUUCAACCAGAGUAUUAAGGGACUCGGUAGAGUGUUCCAGAGGACCGCAGACAAGCCAAAAUCCGUUUCUCCCUUUUCUCCCGCCCUCGUCAACCCCAACAGCAACCCUACUACUCCGCACGUGGGCGUGAACCACAUCCAACCCCAGAUCGACGACAUCGACCCCGACAACGAGUACCUCAAUAACCUCCGUAGCCCAUUCGCGCACGUCAGCAGCAUGAGCGACCCUUUCCCGCAGCAGAGUCGCCGUCACGUUCCCUUCACCGUCGCCUCCGCCCUCGGCCGCACCGACUACAAGGAAGAGUGGGAGCCCAAGGAGCGCCGCUCAGACGCGUACCUCGCGGUGCAAGUGCAAAUCCUUGACUAUCUCAACACCCGCGCCGCCGACGAGCUCACCCCCGGCCAAGCGCACUUCUUCACCGAGAACGCAGGUACCAAGCCCCACGGCCCAAGCACAAAGCAAGCCGUCGAGCUAUGCUACUUCAUGCGCAGCCAUGGCUUCGACACGUACGUGAAGCUGGAUUCGCGCGACAAGAAGAUCCGCCUCUAUGUUGCGAAUCGCGACACUUGUGACCGUAGUCGAGACAGUUUGUACUGGGUAUGUAAUACGUGCUUGAAGGCGAACGAAGAAGACUUGCUGAAUGAAGUGUUCUAG